UUUAUUUUGUUGUGUGGUUUCUGUGUCGUCACAAUUCUCGACUGACGUAUGCCGAACGCUUUCCGAUUUCCAACAAUUUAUCCAAAAAUGUGCUAAUUUUUGACGAGUGCACCCCACAGAAACGAACCUAAUCAUGAGGCCGAGACGAGGACUCUUACAUUUGGCACUUCUCUGCGCAACCUUUGCCCUGGUGGAAGUGGCCGGCGCAAAGCAAGGCGGUCCCAUUGACAAAAAGGGCCCCCUGGAGGAAAUCACAGACGUGAAAGAAUUCAAAAAGUUGCUCAGAACUAAAAACAAUGUGUUGGUGCUGUUCGUGAGCACCACAAAAAGGACGUAUUUCACGAUCAGGAUGUUCAAAGAGGCCGCUGAGGCUGUGAAAGGGCAAGGAACUCUUGCUUUUGUAGACUGUUAUGGUGAAACUGGGAAGAAGAUGUGCAAAAAGUUAAAGGUAAACCCCGAGCCUCAGAUUCUGCGGCAUUACAAGGACGGCGAGUUCAACAGAGACUACGACCGCCAACUGAGUGUGACGUCAAUAGUGAACUUCAUGAGGGACCCAACUGGGGAUGUGCCCUGGGAGGAGGACGCAGACUCUGCCGAUGUCCUGCACCUUUCAGACAUUUCUGCCCUAAACAAAGCAAUCAAGAAAGAGACAAAGCCUAUGAUGGUUAUGUUCUACGCCCCGUGGUGUGGAUUCUGCAAAACGCUCAAACCCGAGUACGCCGAAGCUGCCAAAGAUCUGCGAGACCAAGCGGUCAUGGCGGCCAUCGAUGUCAACAGACCUGAAAACUCUGCCGUCAGACAACUUUUCAACAUCUCUGGCUUCCCCACUCUUCUUUACUUCCAAAAUGGUGCCAUGCAGUUUACUUACGAGGGGGAUAACAAAAGAGAUGCCCUUGUCGCUUUCAUGAAGAAUCCUCAAAAGCAGCCUGAGAAAGUGGCUGAAAAGCAGUGGUCCGAUUCGCCCAGCGAAGUCUUGCAUCUCACCAAGGACACUUUCGAAGACGCUCUUAAGGAACAUUCGUCUCUGCUUGUCAUGUUCUACGCCCCGUGGUGUGGACACUGCAAAAAGAUGAAACCAGAAUACGAGCAGGCUGCUGAGAAAAUGAAGAACGAAAAGAUUCCUGGCAGAAUAGCUGCCGUUGAUGCUACAAAAGAAGGCCCACUUGCCUCUCAGUUCAAUGUCCGAGGCUACCCGUCGAUUAAAUACUUCAAGGACGGCCAACUGGCUUUCGACGCCAACGUCCGCGAGUUGAACAAAAUCAUCGAGUUCAUGAAGGACCCCAAAGAGCCACCCCCACCUCCUGCCCCUGAAAAGCCGUGGAGCGAAGACGAAACUGAAGUUGUUCAUCUCACAGACGAAUCGUUUAAACCAUUUUUAAAGAAGAAGAAACACGUCUUGGUUAUGUUUUAUGCUCCAUGGUGUGGUCACUGCAAGAAAGCCAAACCAGAGUUCAACACAGCGGCUGAGAAAUUCAAGGACGACCCCAAAGUGGAGUUUGCCGCCGUCGACUGCACAGCCCAGCAAGGGGUUUGUGCAGCUUUCGACGUCAAGGGGUACCCCACCAUCAAGUACUUUAGCUACCUCAACAAGGAAAAGUUUGACUACUCUGGAGGAAGAACGGCGGACGACUUCAUCGCCUUCAUGAAUAAUCCACAAAGCGCACCGCCUCCACCUCCGCCCCCGUCGCCUCACUCGGAAUGGGGGCAUUUGGCUGGUGCAGAGCAUCUAUUGCAUUUGACAGAGAGCAAUUUCACAGCCAUUGACAGCAAGGAGAGCGUCCUUGUUAUGUUCUACGCUCCAUGGUGUGGACAUUGCAAGGCGAUGAAGGCAGAUUACGCCCUGGCGGCUGAAAAGGUACGUGAGGACGGCAAGGACUGGUGGCUGGCUACGGUGGAUGCAACCGCCCAGCAGCCACUGCAACGCAAGUUCAACAUCCGAGGCUUCCCUACACUGAAGCUGUUCAAGAAAGGUCGCGAGGUCAAGGACUACGACCAGGGCAGGAACACUGCUGACCUGGUGGCCUUCAUGAAGUCGGCCGAUGCCAAGGACGAACUGUAAAAGUCUGCUCUGCUUUUUUACCCACAAACGCACAAAUGAAAGAAACAUGACCUAGACAAACGAGUGCUAUCAACGAAUGAACGAACUCUGAAGGAGGCUAAUCAAAACGAGCAACGGUUUUUUUAACAGACGCAAAGAGAUUUCUACGACGUUCCCUAAAAUAGUAAUAAUUGUAAGAGCUUAAUAUAUAUUCUCUGUCAACGACGCAAUCUCCUCUUACAAAUUUAAUGUUUUUAUAUUAAUUUUUGCAUUUUUUUCCAUUCCUGAACUACCAAAAUGUGAGAUUUUAUAAUCGGAUUAAAUGUAAAAUAGUUUCUUAUUGUUACUACUGAAACGGAAUCUCUACGGCUGGGGCCAAUUAUUAUAAGAAAGUUUAACAUUAUGUUUUUUGAUUGGUAAACUAUGAAGUAUUAAGACCAGAUCAUGCAGAUUAUUUACUUAAGCUUUUUCUCCGCUCAUUUCACUUCUCAGUUAGUGGGCCGUUUUGUGUUUUGCAAAACAAUUUAAACAGGAUUUCUAUGACUAUUUAUACAACUCUCAGCUAUAAUUCUACAGUUCUAGGUGGGUGGCGAUAUGAUUAUUGAAUUUGUUGAUUGAAUUAAAUAUCUAUUUGUUGAUAUGUAUUUUAUAAUGAAAAAUUAAACGGAUAUUAAAAAUGA